AUGGGUUUCCGUACGUCUCUGCGCUCGCUCUUCAGCGAAUGUUUCUCUCUCACGAUGAAAGAUUCUGACUAUGAGAAACAGAAAUUGAGUUCCAGAGAAGGAAGAAAGUAUCCUCCACAAACACGAUGUCAUUACAAGGCACCAAAUGCACGAAAUGAUUGCGGCCUUGGAACGCGAGGGCAGCAGCAAGGAAAUUAUUCUUAUUACAAGAGUCAGCGCCAGGGUUGGAGUCAGAAUCAGAGUCAGGAGGUUUAUCAGGUGUCAGGCGGCCCAACACAAGCUCGAGGUGUUAAUAGGCCUGACCUUGGAAAGCCUCUGCCUGUGGUUCCACGUCAACAUCCCCCACAACACCAGUCUCCAUACCGGACGCCAAUACCCCUGCAUCGGGACGGGAGGCAAGUCCAGCAACUUGCAUCUGCACCAGAUGAAAUACUCUGCCCGCUUGCGCAUGAUAGAACAGGGAGCAACGAAGCCAUCAUCUUUUUGGAAGACCGCUCAAUGAACUACGAGGCCGUAUGUGAAGUAAUCGACAUGAUAGCGCUUCGCUUCAGCCACAUCCCCUACGCCGUAAGCGGCAUGGCAGCCAUGGUCUACUACGGCUACGACGCGAGGCCGUAUAAAGUGAGCAUGCUAUGCCCAGAGCACACACGCGAGAAUCAGAAAUGCUGGGCAAAGGCGCUGGGCAUGCUCCCAAUCCCCAAAAGACACGACAUCUGGGGAGUUGCGACACGCGACGGCAUGAUACGUCAGAUCCGCGUCAGAUUCCCUUACGAUUUCGCCGACAUGCACGUCUUAAAAGUAGGCCGCUCCGCCGUCUCGAUGCUCUCACUAGCGGGUCUGGCUGAUGAGCUGGCUAGAACGUACGUGAACGAGCUCAAGCACUCAGACCAGGACCGCCAGGAGAAUCUUGCAAGGGAGAUGGUGUGGAUUCUCAACAGGAUCAUCCAGUGCAGGAUGCCCGAGCACAGGCUCAAGCCCGAGAGAAUCCCUCAUCUCAUCCAAGACCGCUUCUGGGUACCCUUUUCGCUGGCCUAUCCUGAAGCGGUACCUUUAUUUGCGAAAGCUGGAUGGAGAAUCCCCGAUGACGACUGGUCUUGA